AUGGCUUCUGCAUACUCCUCUGAACAAGUUGACCUAUACGAAGAGUACAUCUCUCUCCCCUCAAGAUAUCGACGAAGAAAUAGUCCUACACUUACUCUCGACUAUCUAACAUCUCUACACAUCCAUCACAUCUCCACUAUUCCUUAUGAAAAUCUACUCCUACACUACUCACCCGAUCACUCGGUAUCUCUAGACCCUCAAGCACUCUUCACAAAAAUCAUAAUCAAUGCUCGAGGAAGAGGCGGAUAUUGUUUAGAAGGUAGCACGUUCUUCAAUCACGUGUUAAGAGCGCUAGGCUUCCAAGUAUAUACCGCCGGUGUCAGAAUAAGACGUAGAUCCAUACAUGAUGGUGUUCCACGGGGAAAUUACAUUGGCUGGUUCCACAUCGUAAACAUAGUCACCCUCCCGGACACCCAAAAAUACAUGAUCGACGUCGCCUUCGGCGGCGAUGGAGCCACUAAGCCCCUCCCCCUCAUCUCCGGCCACUCAAUCCACAAUCUCGGCACCCAAGAAAUCCGUCUCGUGUACGAACCCAUCUCGCAACAAACCGAUCAAUCAAAACCUCUCUGGAUAUAUCAAUAUCGCAACGGACCUGACAAAGAAUGGAAUGCUUGGUACGCAUUCAGUGAACAUGAAUUCCUCCCUGAGGAUUUCGAUAUCAUGAAUUAUUUUGUGAGUACGAAUGUGAGUGACAGGAAUUUUCAGACGAAGAAUGUUUUGAUUGUGGCUUUUGUGACGGGAGUGGAUGAGGAGGGGAAAACAAAGAUUGUGGGGAAGAGAAUGUUGAUUAAUGGGUUGGUGAAGGAGAAUAUGGGGGGGAAGACAAGGUUGGUUAGGGUUUGUGAGAGUGAGAGUGAGAGGGUGGAGGUUAUUAAGGAGCUUUUUGGGAUUAGGUUGAUGGAGGAGGAGAUUGAUGCUAUUAGAGGGCGGAAUGUGGAAUUAAGAGGCUCUGAUGCGUCAGUGGAACGGUCGGAAGUGUGA